GCAAUGGAGGCACCCUGAAGUUCCUUAGCAACCCGGCCCAGUGAAGGGAACAGCGCUCACGCCUUGGAGAAAUUGGGGUCCUUUCUCCUACACGUUCCUGAAGGAGACAUUUCUCCCCACCCCCCACCUGCACACCUGGCUCGGCAGCUGGGAAUUCCAGCAGACUGGAGUUGUCCAAGAAGCUUUGGGUGCGGUUUUUCUCUUGUGCAACAUCCCAGCAGAGGAGGAGGAAAUUGCAGGCCUGUGUCUGUCGAAACAUACACGGGAAAAGCCAAGGGAACAGAGUGAGCACCCUCGCGGCUUCAUGAAUGUCUGAUCUCAGCAGCUGCGCGCUGCAGAUUCACAGAGCUUGCUCUGAGAACUUUGCUGCCACGGCUGAUUUUGGGGGGACCCUGCUGGAGCAGACGCUGAGCAGGGUCCGGCCUGACAAAAUGCCACCCUGCCCACCUCAGCAAGGAUGGGCUCGGGGCACCUUCCUGCCCUUGUACAACCCCCUGGCAGCGGGAGAAUCUGGGUCUCAGGGGGAGAUAGAGCUCACCUGGCAGGAGAUUCUGUCCAUCUCAGAAUUACAGGGCCUUGAUAUGCCAAAUGAGAGCUGCUAUGACCCUGCUGCGUGCGGCCAUGGGCAACAGAUGAUCCCAGCUCCCAGCUAUGGACCAUGCUCAAUGAUGGGGGACAACUUUGUUUCCAGCUAUAGCCACCCUGCGCCAGCAUAUGAGCAUCCCUACCCAGAAGCCCUGACAGCCCCUUGUGCGAUCUACAGCUACACUGGCAUGCUGAUCUCAUCUUCCCUUGAGCCACCGGGAAUCACCACACUGGGCCGAUCUAAAGGGCUAGCAGGGGGUUUGAGCAGCAAUUAUGGGCCCCAGGGGGCCUACAAGCCCCAGGAAGACCUAGAAUCAGAUUCCGGAUUGUCACUCAACUACAGCGACGCAGAGUCCCCGGAAGCAGAAGGGCUGGAGCGGUCCGAGUAUGCACCUUUGUACCCUAUGGACCAUGCCCAAGCCUACCCACCAUUGCCCCCUGUGCCAGAGAUACCCUUCCCCAACCCACACCUAGAACCUUAUUUGGAGAAAGGCCGGAGCCCACGUGGGGAGCUGGCUGGCAGUCGGGACGAGCGUCGAGCCUUGGCCAUGAAAAUCCCCUUCCCUGUUGACAAGAUCAUCAACUUGCCAGUGGACGACUUCAACGAGCUGGUGUCACACUUCCCACUGAGUGAGCCCCAGCUGGCCCUGAUCCGAGACAUCCGCCGCCGCGGCAAGAACAAAGUUGCAGCCCAAAACUGCCGCAAGCGCAAACUUGAGACGCUGGUGCACCUGGAGCGGGAGCUGGCCGAGCUGAGUCGUGAGCGGCAGCGCUUGUUACGGGACCGUGGCGAGUUUGAUAGGACUCUGACACUCACCAAGCAGAAACUGGGGGCGCUGUAUCACCAGGUUUUUUGCAUGCUUCGUGAUGAGGCUGGCAACACCUACUCCCCCGAGGAGUAUGCACUACAGCUCACUGUUGAUGGUGGUGUCUUCCUUGUGCCACGCACCAAGCAGCCAGAUACGAUCACUGACUGAAUAUAGCAUGGUGGGACUGCAUGGAGCCAAUAGACCCAGUAGGAAAAGGCUCUUUUAAGACUCCAAGGAAGCAUCUGCCUCUGGGCUAGAGACUACCUCAUGCGGCUUGCAGUAUUUUAAGUUGCAAACCACAUGGCACCUGAAACUCCAGUCAAUUUCAUACCUUUGAAAGUUACAUUUAUAUUCAGGCCAUGAAAUAUACAGAGUACUUAGGGGGCGGGGGAAUCAAGCCCAGGAAUUUGGGCCAGACAGCUAGUCUGAAGUAUCCUCAGAUUCACAUUUCAGGCACACAGUCCAACUCUCACCUCACCUGUUUGGUUAGCUUAAGCUUUGUCCUUCAUGCUUUUUGUAAAUGGAUAUGGUCCGGUACAGAGUGUGAGAAUUAAGGUUUAGCUGAAGUAUUCUCAUACUUUAAAAAACUUACAGUGUUCUCACCAUUGCCCAUCUCUCCCCUCACAUACCAGAGCUCCUAUGUGUUGCUCCUGAAUCUGAGUUGGGGAUGAAUUUGUUAGUAGCAAGAACUCUGCAGUCAAUAGUACUUCGUGUUUCUUUUAUUAUAGCUAAUUACACCACUGGAUUUUCUAAAGAUAUAAGCGUCUAGCCUGGAUAUUCCUCUCAGCAAGCAGCACUAGCAAUGAGAGCUUUGUUGUAUGUCAGUCACCUGAAUUCCAGGCUUGGUUCUCCUAGAUUUAGAAUUCUAGAACUAGAUGUAUUUUGCUUCACUGAAUAGGACGUUGAUUGCAAGAGGCUACUUGGGAGAUUUAAUCUUUUUUAUCAGUCUACAUACCAGCGUGGUGUAGUGGUUAGAGUGCUGGACUAGGACCAGGGAGACCCGAGUUGAAAUCCCCAUUCAGCUAUGAGACUAGCUGGGUGACUCUGGGCCAGUCACUUCUCUCUCAGCCUAACCUACUUCACAGGGUUGUUGUGAAAGAGAAACCUAAGUAUAUAGUACACCACUCUGGGCUCCUUGGAGGAAGAGCAGGAUAUAAAUGUAAAAAUAAUAGUAAUAAUAAAAGUCCUCCAUGCUUAAGAGAUAACAAGGAAACUUUGCAUAAGUUAACCCAAAUUCUGCAAGAGGACGUCGAGUAGUAGGCUGUGAGUAAGUCUUGCCAAGUGAGCAAAUAUAUGCUCUUAUUUUGCACAGCUACUACUCCUGAAAAAAGCUUUACACACUCUGCAGUCCUACACCACAUUGGAAAUUUUAGCAACUUAAACUGCCUAGACUUGGCUGCAAGGUUGAGAUUUCUGAGAACAAAGCACUCAUGCAGUUCUGGCUUCUAUAAGGAAGCUGGCUCGUGUUUUAAGUCUACACCACUUCUGUCUGAAGUCCUCAUAAAUGAUUCUAACCUCUAUGAAUGACCCUCAAGUUUUGAGGAGUGGGAACAUGGCUCUUAAAACUGUUGUGUCCAAGUCAUGCAUUUAUUGCCAGUCCAUUAAACAUAAGGAUGGAAAGAUGUGAAUGAGUUCUAGCUAUAUCACAUCUGUGCUUUUCCUAGAGUUGUCCUAGUGUGCAACACAACACAGCCCAGCAUGCAUGCUUUAUUUACCAGGCAGUGAGAACUUAAAACAAAAAUGCAGGACAGCCACAUAUACUGCAGUGCAACACAUUUUUUUCCAAAUGAAGAUGCUGUGGGUGCUUUUGAGGCAAACUUGGACAAUUAUGUGCUCAGAAUGCACCCAACUUGCAAAGCAGCACAUCUCUCUGGAAACCUAUUUGUAAAUAACCACACAAUUCUUUUUUCAAAAUAAACUCUCCUUCACUGGUUAA